UCUGUUCCUUUCGUGUGGGCAGGGUGUCUCAGCCAGUCCCGCUGUCCCAGACGUGAUGUUGCAGCUAUAAAGCAAAUUGUCAACAAAGCAACAAGAGUGUUCGAGACUUUGUGAGCAAAUGUAACCGUUUCCCCACUUCCCGACAUUCCCCUCUAGAAGGGUCUCAACACAGACAUUUUUUGUGCGCCUUUCAAAAGCAGGAGACCGCCGACCCCCUCAGCUCACCAGCAUCACCACCAACACCAUGAAAUCAAGGAUCCGCAGAGGCAGCCGAGCUGACCGGGACUGAAGUAACAGGCUGCUGCGUUGGACAAACCGGGAGAAACUUUCCUUGUGCACGGUGAACUGUGACCGCUGUGGGUUUCUCUCUCCCUCUCUCUCUCUUUUUCUUCAGCGCCUCCUCUCAUUUUAUUUCUAUGUGGGUGAGCAGUAUCUGAGUGGCACCUCCCCGCUCCUCCAUAGGUCUUGUUGCCCCCUUGCAGCCUGCACCAUGCAUUCCUUCUGCACCUCCUAUAGUUAGAGGAAAAGAUCCCGAGGUCUCUCUCUCUCUCCCUCUCUCCCCCUCCCAGCCGACUCUCUCUUGCCUCGGUUUGGACUCCGGACCGUGCGUCAUGCAGCGACACCUGAAGCGCACCCUGGUCCCCUUGCAGGACCACAUGGUUCCUUUGUAACUGGAUCUAUUUUAUUUUGGAGGGAGAGGGGGGGCAUGCUCUCCUCGUCUCUGGAGAACAUUUUCAAAGAGGAGAAGAAAGUAGAAAGAGAAGAGUGAACGGCAGCGACUUAAGGAGGAGGAGAUAAAGCUAAUCUCAGAGAUUGUAACUUACUUGUAGAUGUUUGACCAGGCCACGACUAUGGGCGAUGGGAACCACCGCUGUGGUCCCAACCCACUGUGUCCGGAGAGGAUGGAAACAAAGUGUCGCUCCGAGAUAGGGAGCCGGUCUCCGGUUCAGAGCUCCACCGACACCCCGGGAACAUCAGCUUCAACACCGACUUCCUCCAGCGAAGACGGGCAUGACAAACUUUUGGGAGUGGACCCUGACUACUGCCGGAGGAUUUUAGUAAGGGACGCCAAAGGCACCACGGAGAUCGUCCUUCCGAAGGGCCUUGACCUGGACCGGCCCAAGCGCACGCGGACCUCCUUCACGGCUGAGCAGCUGUACCGGCUCGAGCUCGAGUUCCAGCGGUGCCAGUACGUAGUGGGGCGCGAGCGCACGGAGCUCGCGAGGCAGCUCAAUCUCUCGGAAACACAGGUGAAGGUGUGGUUCCAAAACCGCCGAACCAAACAGAAGAAGGACACCACCAAGGAUUCAGACAAGCGCUCCUCCUCCACAUCUGAGUCUUUGGCCACCUGCAACAUCCUGCGCCUCCUGGAGCAGGGACGCCUCCUGUCAGGGCCUGCUCCACCACCACCUAACUCUCUCCUGGGGCCUCCAUCUCAUCCAGCAAAUGGCUCCCUGCUGAGCAGCCCAGGUGGAGGCUCCUCCACCUCUCCAGGGAUCAGCAGCAGCACUCCUCCCAGCUCCCUACCAGGGGGGACAUUCGGGCUUUCUCUGCCCUCGCUGGGAGGCACCCCGCCCUCACCACGGCUGGGUGUCCCACCACCUCACCCCCUCUGCUUCUCCAUGCCGCUGCUGGGGAGCGCUCACCAUGAACUGUCGUCCUCCUAUGGCUGUGGCUCUUCAGCUUUUGAGCCGUACAUGCGCCUGGACAGGAAGGAGGCAGAUCUGGGUGGGAAGAAGACAGUUUCUUAAGUAUUAUGUCCCCUUUUCAGGGACGACAGGGGAGCAGGGCUCGUCUUUGUAAGAGUUUUUCUCCUCAGUUUCUCUCCCUGCCACCUGUUUGACUCUUGAGUGGCUGCAGACAGGCAAAGAAAGCACCCCGCUUCAUAGAAAUGUGAAAAAAAGGAAGUUGCUUUCUUACAGCACCAUUUUGUGCCACGGCACUGUUUGGCACACUGACACAAAAUGGUGAAAAGGACUUGAUGUGGUAGAAAGUGAUGAUUUCACUCUCCCACGUAAAAAAACAAAACAAAACCAACUAAGUUGUGAAUUUUGAAGAAAAAAAAAAAAAAGCCCUGUGUGUAUGUUGCGUGAACCCCGACAGGCAGAUGUUUUUAUCACCACUCUCUUUGCAGUGGUUUUAAGUGACUCUUCACUUUUUGUCCAGUGAGUGUGUGUGUGUGAUUUUUCUCUCUAUACAGGCCUUCAUUUACUGUUCAGGAUUAAAAAAAAAAAACAAUGAGAAGAGAAGAGUGGUAUUUCAAAGAGAGCUUUAUGUACACAUUUCUAUUCCUGUACAUGUGGCCAUGUUUGAUUUUAGUUGAUGUGCUAUCACAAUAAUAAUAAUAAGAAAAAAAAAAAAGAACUGUAGCAUUUAUUAUCAGUCUGUUUGGUGUCCAGCUGUAGUUUUUGUAAAUGUUUAUUUGGUUGUGUUUGUGUAUGAAACAUAAUGUGGUAGGAUCUGGACAAAUGGUGCAAAAAUCACAUAUCUAGAUCUAAGAGUUUAACAUGAAAGGAAAGCUGAGUAGUUACGUGAAAAGGCUGGUUAGUGUUUGUGGAUCAAGCUUCGGACGUGCCGCACGCGCACCCUUCAAUCGGUAAAGUAAGACAAGGUCUCAGUUUUUCUUUGCAAACUCGUCUACAAGACACUCACAGUGAGAAAAACUUUAGACACGUAGAAUCAGCACCGACUCUCAGUGCAGAGAUCUCUGCAGCUUGUUUAGCACGGCGGUCGAACCUUAAGCUGCAUCUCCGUCCUUAAAUUGCCGUAAUUAAUAAUAAUUUGUUAAAUGUCUUUCAUCACUUUUUAAGUUAAAAAAAAACCAAACCAAAACAAAACACACAAACAAAACAAACAAACAAACAAAAAAGACUAUUUCUGGUUCCAGCUUUUCAAAUGAGAUGAUUUACUACUUUUAUUUUAUAUGACAGCAGCACACAAUAUAAUUUUGUAACCUUUCAUGUGCUAAAAGAUGAACUGAGCAAACAUUUGUUGGAUUGAUUGACAGUGAAAAUAGUUUUGGCUCUUGUUUGGAUUUAAAAAACAGAUGAAUGAGCAGAUUUUUGGUACCGGAAACUUCCUGGUUUUUGUUGGAGUUCUGUUGAGCAGGGUUUGGUUGCGUGGAAGUAAGUAGUCCAUUUGGGGGGUGAAAGGAGGGUUUUGUCUGCAGAAUGUUGACACUGUUGGCUAUCUGCCGAUGAUUACUUAGCUUUUAAUGUGCUUCUUUAAAUUUAUCUGCAAUGACCAGUGGAUGAAACAGGAAGUCUUAACUUUGAUAUGUACUGGAACCCCCCCCCCAAACUGCCCAUUGGUCUCAGAGGUUCUGCUGAAUAGCAGAUGGACUCACAGACAGUCGUAGGAUUUGCUGCUUUAUAACCCCCAGUUUCAUUUUUCUUUUUUUUUCAGGUUUGUUCAUUUCAUUAUUUCUUUUUAAUAUUACAACAACAUGAAAGCUACCUAAGUACUUUUUUACUGGGCCAACACAUCCAUAAUCUUAAUCUCCUUUAACAUUUUUAGGAUGCAGUGAGCUGCAGAGUUACAUGAGUAAAUGUGAGGCUGUUUAUUUUUUCUUUGACUCUCCUGUUACAUUUUACCUCAGCCUGCCUGUGUUUGCCCCUCAGUGAUGGAAAAAACACUUUCUGUUUUUAUGGUGUAUAUACAUUAACCCCCCCCCUUACACACACACACACACACACUCACUUUUAAAGUUAAAACUGACUCCCAGGACUCAGUUUAUUCUUAGGAAGGUGAUUUUCAGAAUUAAACCCAGAAAA